AACCUGGUUCAUCUCGAUCUCCAAAUGGACCAAAUUACCAUCAUACUGGAUAUGCUUCUAAGGGAAUGCCCGGCAUUAGAAACCUUGAGCAUGGUGCACGGAUUUAUUGUUUGUAGGCCAGGAUCAUUUAUCUUUCCAACGGAUCAUGCGCUGUGCAAUUUAUUCCUCAAAGAUGUAGAUGUUUCCGCUAAAACACUCAAGAUGUUUGCCACUUCUUGCAAGAAACUUAGCAGCAUGAAGUUGGAACUCGUAAGACUAGCAGUAUCUUCGAGAAGGACGGAUACGUUAGAAACCUUUAUUGAUAUGUCAUCAAUCCACUUUUCAGAGCUCCGUUUUGAAAAGGUUAAAGUUUUCAACAUUGUGAACAAAUAUGAGAGUAAUAUGAUAAAAUUUUCUUCAUCAAUGGUUCCUACCGAAAAUAUAUGGCUGGAUUGUCAGCACUCUAUAUAUGAAAAUCAUAAACACUCGUCGUUAAAAUUAAACAACGAAAAUGAAGAUGUAUCAAAGAAAGUCGAAGAUUUAAAUAGCUCUCUCACAAGAGCUCCUGCAGAGGAUGCCAAUGAUGAUAUUGACGAAAACAAAGACGUUUCUUCAGUAGCCAGAUGGAUAAGUGAACCUCCUGAACAACGUGUUACUUUUAAAUACGGCUCUUUGAAAAAAUUUGUAUUUAAGGGCAAACAAAGAGCAUAAAUGAUCCAAAGUUGAAGUCGAUUCUUCUUGUAAAGAAAUGAAUAAAACGAGAUU